AGGCGGGGAGCCGGGUCGCCAGCGCUCGGGUCCGCCUCUGACUGCGGCGCGGCGGGGCGAUGUGUGAUUACCAUGGCGAGGAGUCUCUGUCCGGGGGCCUGGCUAAGGAAACCCUGUUACCUCCAGGCUCGCUUCUCAUAUGUGCGAAUGAAAUAUCUUUUCUUUUCCUGGUUGGUGGUUUUUGUUGGAAGCUGGAUUAUAUAUGUGCAAUACUCUACCUAUACAGAACUAUGCAGAGGAAAGGACUGUAAGAAAAUAAUAUGUGACAAGUACAAGACUGGAGUUAUUGAUGGGCCCGCAUGUAAUAGCCUUUGUGUUACAGAAACACUUUACUUUGGAAAAUGCUUAUCGACCAAGCCCAACAAUCAGAUGUAUUUAGGGAUUUGGGAUAAUCUACCAGGUGUUGUGAAAUGUCAAAUGGAACAAGCACUUCAUCUUGAUUUUGGAACUGAAUUGGAACCAAGAAAAGAAAUAGUGCUAUUUGAUAAGCCAACUAGGGGAACUACUGUACAGAAAUUCAAAGAAAUGGUCUACAGUCUCUUUAAAGCAAAGUUGGGUGACCAAGGCAACCUCUCUGAACUGGUUAAUCUCAUCUUGACAGUGGCUGAUGGAGACAAAGAUGGCCAGGUUUCCUUGGGAGAAGCAAAGUCAGCAUGGGCACUUCUUCAAUUAAAUGAAUUUCUUCUCAUGGUAAUACUUCAAGAUAAAGAACAUACCCCCAAAUUAAUGGGAUUCUGUGGUGAUCUCUAUGUGAUGGAAAGUGUUGAAUAUACCUCUCUUUAUGGAAUAAGCCUUCCAUGGGUCAUUGAACUUUUUAUUCCAUCUGGGUUCAGAAGAAGCAUGGAUCAGUUGUUCACACCAUCAUGGCCUAGAAAGGCUAAAAUAGCCAUAGGACUUCUAGAAUUUGUGGAAGAUGUUUUCCAUGGCCCCUAUGGAAACUUCCUCAUGUGCGAUACUAGUGCCAAAAACCUAGGAUAUAAUGAUAAGUAUGAUUUGAAAAUGGUGGACAUGAGAAAAAUUGUGCCAGAGACAAACCUGAAAGAACUUAUAAAGGAUCGUCACUGUGAGUCUGAUUUGGACUGUGUCUAUGGCACGGAUUGUCGAACUAGCUGUGAUCAGAGUACAAUGAAGUGUACCUCAGAAGUGAUACAACCAAACUUGGCAAAAGCCUGCCAGUUACUCAAAGACUACCUAUUGCGUGGUGCUCCAGUUGAGAUUCGUGAAGAAUUAGAAAAGCAGCUGUAUUCCUGUAUUGCUCUCAAAGUCACAGCAAAUCAAAUGGAAAUGGAACAUUCUUUGAUACUAAAUAACCUAAAAACAUUACUGUGGAAGAAAAUUUCCUACACAAACGACUCUUAGUUCAUUUGGACAUUGUGACCAUUUUAAGAAACUUAGCACUUCAAAAGAAAAAUCUUGAACAUUUUUUCUAAAUGGCUUGAUUCAAAUCCUUGCCAGUUAUCACAAAACUCCUUUCCCCUGAUCCUAAGGAAGCCAUCAUCUUAAAAUACAUGUUGAUUGCUGAAGUAAUGGCAGGAGGUAUAGGAUCAAAAGGUCCAGAAGUAUUAGUUCCUGCCCUUUUAGAAACGCUGGUACAUUUCCUAGUACAUUCACUGUGUAACUAUUUUGACUAAUGACUUAAAAUAAUGCUGUGAAAAGCCUCAUUCCAUAAACAUCAACGGUCAGAGUAUUUUGUAGAUUUGUUAGCCAAAAUAUCAGUGCUGGAAAUUGUGUUUGCAUUUAAGCUGCUGUUUAAAAAAGAAAAUUUAUAAAUUUACUAAUGUCUCAGCAUGGUAAAGUUUGCACAUUAACAGAAAUUAAGACUGCAAAGCAGGUAAAUUAAAAUUACUCCUUUAUAAACAGAUGUUGGGUUAAUAGCAUGGUUUCUUAUAAAUACACUUAACUCAUUUAGACAUCACAUUUUAUGUGGCUUCAGAAAGUUCUGAGUGGCUCUUACCCACCAAAAACCCAUCAGGAAGCAUUCUACUUGGCAAUAUAUAAUUGCCAAUUUUAGAGGCUGAAUAUGGAUGAGUUCAUCAUCCUAGAUUUAAAGGGUCUGUAUCUUAGUAUCAGCCAGCCAACUGGUCUUCAAAACUCUUAUCUUUAGGCCACAGACCUAACGCAGAUAGAUAUACAUAUCUUGAAUCUGAGCUACGGGAAAGUGGGACAUUAAGAGCAGGACAUUAGGGCUUCCCUGGUGGCACAGUGGUUGAGUCUGCCUGCGGAUGCAGGGGACGCGGGUUCGUGCCCCGGUCUGGGAGGAUCCCACAUGCCGCAGAGCGGCUAGGCCCGUGAGCCAUGGCCACUGAGCCUGCACGUCCGGAGCCUGUGCUCCGCAAUGGCAGAGGCCACAGCAGUGAGAGGCCCUCAUACCGCAAAAAAAAAAAAAAAAGGACAUAAACUUCCUAUUAAGAAUUUUCCAUUUUCAAACAGUAUUCCCUAUUGGCCAAAGGACUGUUUCUCAAGAGGCAUGUAAAUAUAUCCAUCUAACACUUUUUCUCAUGUAAACUUGAUAUACAAGGGUUAGUAUUUGCUCCUCUUUUGUGUUUAUUCAGAUCUGGCCUUUCAACUCCAUAAAAUGAAACACCUCUUCUUAUAAUUAAAGAACCAGUAUUUUCUGCUCAAAGGUUUCACCUGGAUAAAUGUGUUAAAAUUAUAUGACCUUCAUUGGACAGCUAUCUCUCAAGAACUAAGGCCAUGGAGUAGCAUCAGUUUCACUUACUUUAAAAUUGUAAACUUUGAAGGUACUUUUUCUUCCAACUCAUUAUGUGGUUACAAUAAAUGAAUGGAAGAAAUAUUUCUAGGGGAAGGUUUGACUGUUGCUUGCCAGACUUUUUAAGGACAGCUGCACAUCAUACAAUUCAAGGGAUAACUCCUGUCAGGAAGAACAGAUGCCCAAGGUAUGAACUUUGAGGCAAUAUUUAAGAUUUUCUGGAAAAAGCUACACUUGGUUUCUGGAAGGAAAAGACUGUCAAUUUCAGGUACUUCCCACAGUUUCAUUAACAAGAGCUUAACACAGAAACAGCUACAUGUUCAAUAAGUUUAUUACUGUCUUUAUCUGAAAAAUCUUCAUAGAAAUUGUGGUUUGGUUUAUUAACUCUCAGCAGCCCGUUCCUGAGCUCUAAGGAAGCUUGCCUUCUUCUGAGCUACCCGAUCUUUCUUCUGGGCAAGUGACAUUUUGGGACGGUUCCACCUAUAGAACAAGGUAAAAAGAAGAGAAAGGGACAUAAAUUUUUAAAACCAUAGCUAAAGAGAAUAGAGAAUAUUUAAGUUUGAAAAAGAUACACUUGUACUGGGACAGAAUGGGCCACCUCGGUAGCAUCCAAGGCUAAUACAUUUCUAUCACCACGAUUACUUUAGCAAACCUGGUUCCCCUCACCUCUGCAACAUCAUGCAGAGCUAGUGAUCGAGUUUGCACAACUUCACUCAGAGUCUGAGCGAGAUGAAACAAGGCAGGAAGCCCUCCCAACCUCUUUCUCUUCAAAAAACAGUAAAACACAUACCUCUUCUUUUUAACUUCUUUCUUAGGCUUCUUCUCAUACACUGGAUUCUCUCGUAUUGCAGCAUGAGCUUUCUUAUACAUCUCCUCCAUCUGAAACAAAGCAAAGCAAACAGUACUUGGUUUCAUUUCAUAUGCCCUAAACAGUAAUAAAACACACUAUUCUACUGCUUGCUCUAUUUUGUCCUUCUAAGCCAGAUUCUCAAAAGGAGCUAAACUAGGUCAAUAUUGGUAUCUUUUUGUAACCCAUCUUUUCCUAAGAAAGUCCUAGUUUUUACCGUAAGCAACAUGAAUUGACACUAUUCACAAAACAUAAUCUUCCUCAAGAAAAAUUUGCAUGUAUUUCUGAAUAAUUCAGCUAUACUUCAUGAGUCACUCAAGUUUAAAGCAAACUGUUUUCUGCAGAAACACAUUUUAUGCUCAUUUAAAACCAUGUGACCUAAAUUCUUUCAUUCAAGUUUGGAUACAUGCCAGUAUUUAAGAUGUUAAGAUGAAAAAUAUAUGGACUAAUAAGCAACUGCCAAAUACAUCUCUGUCCUCCCACGUUCCCCAUAUUUCUAUUUUCCAUUGAUUUCUGAUAGGUCUUUUCAAAAGUUAUUCCCAGGAUCCCAUACCAGGAACCUCUUGAUCUACUACCACAAAUCACCAGUAUCUGGCAGCAGUAUCAGGCCUCUGUGGAUUCAGAAAGAGGCCUGAAAUUUCCCUAGAAAACCGCUAUCCAAUUAGAAACAUUAAUGAGAAUUUUGUUCUAAAAUUCAACAAAAAACAAUGCUGCAACUCUCUGAAGUGUUUCAAUACCCACCCCCCGCAAAUGACUAUUGAUCACAUGGAAGAUCAAGGCAUGAAGAGCAACUGUAAAAUGUGUGAAAUUCAGUAACAAUUACAGCCUUCCUGAAGAAUGAGUCAAGGUAAUCCAGGACUCUAAAACUACUCAUUCCAUAUGAGGAAAAUGCAAUUACUGGGCUUCCCUGGUGGCUCAGUGGUCUAGAAUCCGCCUGCCAAUGCAGGGGACACGGGUUCAAGCCCUGGUCUGGGAAGAUCCCACAUCCCGCAGAGCAACUAAGCCUGUGUGCCCCAACUAAGGAGCCUGUGCUCUAGAGCCCAACAGCCACAACUACUGAAGCCCACACACCUAGAGCCCGUGCUCCGCAACGAGAAGCCACCACAGUGAGAAGCAUGCACACCACAAGGAAGAGUAGCCCCCGCUCUCUGCAACUAGAGAAAGCCCGUGUGCAGCUACGAAGACCCAACGCAGCCAAAAAUAAAUUAAUUUUUUAAAUGCAAUUACUACAUGCAUUUGUACAAAGCUCAUUAGCAAAGGAAAAUGUAAAAACAGAAAGUGAUCUUUCCCUCAAUUAUAACUCUAUUUUAAAAAUAAUUUUCAGACAUAGGUAUGCCAAAUACAAACUAUGCAGCAAUAGAAAAGAACCUAAUAAAAACAAUUACUUGACAUGUAUCAAUUUACAUAUAAUUCUAUAUUUGUAAUAGGUUUGUAAUAAUCUGUCAUUUUUGUGUUCUAUGCCUUCACUAUUGAAACUGGCACUGUCAUCAUCAAUUACCUCAAUGUAUUAACAGAGAGAGCCCUGAGACUCAACUUUAGGGGUGAUAAACUUUGCAACAUUAAACUGACUUUUGAAAACACAGGUCCCUUCACUUUUGCAACAUCACACAGAACUAGUGAUAGAAUCUGUACAUCUCCCUUUUUGUGUGCAUGCCUGAGACAUUCAGAAAGUCCAGAACAUAGCACUUAUCUGCUAAGAUGAAGAAAGAACCUUUUUCCCCCAUGACCUCAAAAUGAGUGAAGUUUGGUAACUAGCACCUUGUAUUGGAUUAUGACCACAUGAAUGAAAUUUAUAAAUACAGAACAGCCAAAUGCAUAAAAGCCACCAAAGGCUUUAGAUUUGGAUGCCUGAAGCCUGCCAUCCUUCAGCAUCUACAAGAUUCCUAAAAGCACGUUGACAAGUCCGGCUCCUCAUAACAGUAUCCUGUCUGACUUUUAACCUACCCUAGGUCCAACAUCCCAAUUUCAUUUUAACAUGCCCAUAUUCAACUUUUAACUGUUAACCUGAAAUAAAACUGUAUUAACAUACCCACUCAAAACAGGUAGGAAACCUGGUUGUAUAAAUUUACCAAUACAGGUAUUUUUAGUUAAAUUUUUACCAUGUCUGGAGUUACGUUGUUCUUUAUGUAUUGAGAGAAUUGUUUUUUGUAAGCAUCUUCAUCUUCUUCAAUCAGGUAACGCAUAUAAUCUGCAACAUUCUGCCCCAUGAUGUGCUUUCGGUGUACCUCAGCAUUGAAUUCUUUGCUUUCUGAAUCAUAACCAGGGAACCGUUUGGUACUGAAAUAAAGUUUUCCAUGUUUUAGUA